AUGCCGAAAAGAAAAUACAAUGAUGAAUACAUUACAUUUGGUUUCACCGAUAUUACAGUGAAUAAGGAAGUAAGACCACAGUGCGUGAUUUGUACAACAGUUCUCAGUAAUGAUGCACUAAAACCUGCAAAAUUAGAACGACAUUUGAAGACAGUCCACCCAAAUUUUAGUGAUCGUUCUCGAGAAUUCUUUGAAGGUAAGAAGGAAAACUUUAAAAAAAUGAAACUUGGGACAAGUGGUACGAGAUUUGAAACCUCUGAAAAAGUGCUUCAUACCUCAUAUGAGAUCUCCCUAUUAAUUGCAAAAUCUAAAAAACCUCAUACUAUUGGUGAAACUUUGAUCAAACCGUGUUUGUUGAAAGCCACAGAAGAGAUUUUAGGUAAGGAAGCAGCAAAAAAAAUACAAAACAUUCCUUUAUCAAAUAACACUGUAAAAUCGCGAAUAGGAAAUAUGUCACAAGACAUUGAAGAACAGCUUAUAUGCCUCAUAAAAAAAUCUCCCUGGUUUGCUCUUCAGUGUGACGAAAGUACGGAUGUAGCACAAUGUUGUCAAUUGCUAAUCUUUGUUCGAUUUUUAAGUGCAGAUAAUACAAUAAAAGAAGAAUUAUUACUAUCACAAGUAUUAGAAACUACGUCAAGAGGGGUUGACGUUAUGAAAAUAAUCCUUGAUUAUUUUGAAAAACAUAAACUAAUGUGGGAAAAUCUUGCUGGAUUUUGUACCGAUGGCGCUCCUGCUAUGCUCGGAUCACGUUCAGGUUUAGCUACAUUGGUAAAACAAAAAAAUCCAACCACAUUAACUACGCAUUGUAUUAUACAUCGUCAAGCGUUGGCGUCCAAAACAUUACCAAAAGAUCUAGCUUUUGCGAUGAAAAUAUCCAUACAGUUAGUGAAUGCUGUUAAAAAUAGUGCACUCAAUACACGUGUUUUUCAAAAAUUAUGUGCAAAUAUGGACGCUGAGUAUGAAACAUUACUAUUUCAUACUGAAACAAGAUGGCUUUCAAAAGGAAAUAUGUUGGCACGUUUAUUUGAGCUUCGAGAGGAGUUGAAGGUUUUUUUAAUCGAUAAAGGUAUGAACUAUUUACAUGAGCAACUUUGUGAGCCAAAAAUUGAAAUGCAAAUUGCAUAUCUUGCGGAUAUAUUUGGCCACUUAAAUCACCUAAAUUUGCAACUGCAAGGUUAUGGUAAUGUUAAACUUGAAGGUUCCGCAAAUAUUUUCGUAUUUGAAGAUAAAGUUCGCGCUUUUGUCUGCAAGAUAAAUCUUUGGAUUGACAAAACUCAGAUGAAAAAUUAUUCUGUAUUUCCUACACUGCGAGUUCUUAUUGAUGACGAACACUACAAAUGUUUUACAGAAGAUAUUCAGAAUAAUGUAUUAGAACACUUAAGAGUCCUUAAAGAGGAAUUUACCAGAUACUUUCCAGAAUAUGGUGUAGUAGACACUGAUGUUGUUAAGAAGUUAAUUCGUAAUCCUUUCACUGUCGAAGUCAACAAUGUUCAAGAAGAAAUGCAAGAUGAAUUAAUAGAUCUUCAGAACGACAGCAACUUGAAGAGUUCGUUUGAAUAUAGUACAAACUUAGAAGAGUUUUGGUGUAAAAAGGCCAUGGGAUAUCCAAACAUUCGGCAAACAGCAUUACGUUUCCUCAUAGUUUUUUCAACCACAUAUUUAUGUGAGCAAGGAUUUUCUUCACUAUUAUCUAUAAAAAAUAAACAACGAAAUCGUCUGAAUCCAAGUGAUGAUAUGCGACUGGCACUAAGCAACAGCAUCGUUCCAAGAAUUUCACAACUGGUAAAAGAAGCGCGCCCUAAUAAGUCACAUUAA